AUAUUGAUCUCCAAGACCCCAAAUUAGUAAAUUACAUAUAACACAAGGACUCAUUCACACUUCACACAAGUUCCAAACACCCAAAAACUUGGAAUUAGAAACAAACCCAAUACUAUAUUUCACUCUGCAAGCUAACUGAACUUUCCUUAACACAGGUUCUUAUAAUGGAAUCUCCACAAUCUGUUGUGUCACCAUUGAAGAUCUCUGUCAUGGAAGAUGCUGAGAAGUACAAAUCUGAUGUUUUGACAAAAACCUCAAGUCCUUUAUCUAAGGACAUUGAAGUCAACAGAAAAGAAGCUCUUGCAAUGUCUAAUCACGACGACGAAUUCGUUGGAGUAGUUGAUGUUUACAUUCAUCAGGCUAGAGACAUUCAUAACAUCUGCAUAUACCACAAACAAGAUGUUUAUGCUAAGAUUUGUUUAACUAGCGAUCCGGAGAAUUCCGUCUCUACCAAAAUCAUCAACGGAGGAGGAAGGAACCCCGUGUUUAACGAUAAUCUUCGUCUGAGCGUUAGGACGGUCGAGUCUUCUCUCAAAUGUGAGAUAUGGAUGCUUAGCAGGGUGACGAAUUAUCUCGAAGAUCAGUUACUUGGUUUUGCUUUGGUGCCUUUGUGUGAAAUUUUGAUGAAAGACGGGAAAUUAGAGAAAGAGUUCUCUCUUUCUUCGACCGAUCUAUUCCAUUCGCCCGCAGGUUUUGUGCGAUUAUCUCUCUCGUACGCUGGCGUUUCACCUGAUGUUAUGGUGGUUUCUUCGAGGCCUAAUGUUGAACUGGACAAAAACAGAACUGAGAAUGACUUAGAAAUACGCGAGUCAUUCGUGAGAGAUUUAGAUAAAAUCGAGUUCCCGGAUCCAAAAAUUGCAAGUGAAUACCAUUUAAUGGUUUCAGAAUACUUUGGCGCCGAUACUUUGGCCACUUCUGAUACUGAAAGUCUCGGUUCCGAAAGAGGUGUUCAAUUUGUAGAAAGCUUAUCAGCAUCUAGUUUUGAAUCUAAUCAACCAGCUAAGGCUGAAUCGAAUGGAGUUUUCUCUCUUUCACCGUCUGCAAGCUCAAACGAGCGAGAGAAAUGCGUUGAUGUCAAAGACGGUGAGCGUGAUUCGUCAAACACGUUGCUGAAUGAGUCAUUUCAGAAACCUGUUGCGAGUGUGAAUAUCGAGCCAGAACCAAAGAUGGUGCAGCAGGAUAUAGUAGACAUGUACAUGAAAAGUAUGCAGCAAUUUACCGAGUCACUAGCGAAAAUGAAACUUCCUAUGGACUUUGAAAAUGGACCAACUAGUUCAGGAAACUCGAGCUCCCAACGGAAUCUACAAUCAUCGAAGAGUAGUAACUCGCGCGUAUUUUACGGUAGCAGAGCUUUCUUCUAAGUUUUUUUUUUUGGUUACUUAGUUUUUAGAUCAGUAAUGAAAUGUAAUAAUGUAGUAUGAUAUGAUCAUGAUCUAAUGUGGUCCAUAUCUUAAUUUUUUAUGUUGUCAUGGACAUGGUCCUAUCUUAACUACUAUAUGAACUUUUGUUCUGUUUUAACAAUCUUGUGUUUAUUUUUGUUUUGUAUGUUAAUAA